AUGACGGGUGCUUGUCUUAUCCGUGGUUCGAUGGAGCACCGUGUGAGUGACUACCUAAGGAGAGCCACUGUUGUUCGCGAUCAGCUUGUUGCUACUACUGCACCUGCUUUUGCUCGAGUGAGAGGUCGUGGUAGAGGUGAUGAUGGUAGAGGUGUUGGUCAGCGUGGUACUGCAAUAAGUGGUGACAAUGGUCCAACCAGAGUUUAUGCAGUAAGAGAGCCUCGGAUUAGAGGGGCCACUGAUGUUAUCGCAGGUACUUUCACGCUACAAUCUUUUCCUCUACUAGCUUUAGUUGAUUCUAGUGCGACGAGGUCAUUUAUCUUGAGAGUCGUAGCUAGAAAGUUCGGGAUUGCUAUAAAGACAUCUAUAUUAAGUGUUACGAUUAAGAGCCCUCUAGGUGAUAGUAUAGUGGUGGAUCAGGCGAAGUUGGUGACUUUGUGUGGUGCUGGCGGUUCAAAAGUUGUUGUUGGUGACAAGUUUGAGUUGUUGUCGAAUGUGAUUUUUUUACGUCGUGCUGAGAAGUUGGUCUGGAAAGGUUUUGAAGCUUAUCUAGCCUAUAUCCUAAAUAGAGAUAGUAGGGAGAUGAGGUUGGAUGAGAUUCGGGUUGUUUGUGAUUUUUCGGAUGUGUUUACUAAGGAGUUGCAUGGAUUACCGCCGAAUAGAGAAGUUGAGUUCAGUAUUAAGCUUUAUCCCGAUACUACUCUAGUGACUGUUGUGCCCUAUCUCAUGACACCUAAGGAACUGAAAUAG